GAGGUGAGGACCGUCUGAGAAACAGAGAUGGCGAAGGAAGGAACGGAGACGGCGGAGGAAACCGAGCAGAUGAUCGAGAAAAACCGAGCUAAAGAGCCGGAGAGCGCCGUUAAUGCGCCAGAUUCAAAGGAAAUGCGCGCUGUGCUGCUUUCAGGUUUUGGGGGUUUAAACAAACUCAAAGUGACCAAGAAAGCCAUGCCUGAACCCCAAGAAGGAGAAGUCAAAAUUCGGGUUAAAGCAUGCGGCUUGAAUUUCCUUGAUCUCAUGGUACGUCAAGGAAAUAUUGAUAAUCCUCCCAAAACCCCUCUCGUUCCUGGAUUUGAAUGUUCUGGAAUAGUGGAAGCUGUGGGAGAAAAUACAAAAGGCUUCGAGAUCGGUGACCGGGUCAUGGCCUUUACGAACUACAACGCUUGGGCCGAGGUGGUGUGCACGCUGCAGGAUUGGGUUUAUAAGAUACCUGAUGAGAUGACUUUCCCUGAGGCCGCUGCUUUUUCGAUGAACUUUGUGGCUGCGUACAUGAUGCUGUUUGAAGUGGCCAAUCUCCGGGAGGGGAUGUCUGUAUUAGUUCACUCAGCAGGGGGAGGAGUGGGUCAAGCUGUUGCUCAGCUGUGCGCCACCGUCCCCGACGUCACAGUGUUCGGCACGGCCUCUCCCUUCAAACACGAAGCCAUUCGGCACUCCGUGACUCACCUGUUUGACAGAAACCUCGACUGUGUAGCAGAAGUUCGAAAGAUCUCUCCUGAAGGAGUGGACAUUGUUCUCGAUUGCUUGUGUGGUGAGAACACAGGGAAAGGUUUGAGUCUCCUGAAACCCCUUGGCACAUACAUCCUUUACGGUUCUUCAAACAUGGUGACAGGCGAGACGAAAAGCUUCUUCACCUUUGCCAAAUCUUGGUGGCAGGUGGAGAAGGUUAACCCCAUAAAACUGUACGAAGAAAACAAAGUCAUGGCUGGAUUUUCACUGCUCAGCCUCCUCUUUAAGCAGGGCGGCUGCAGCCGAGUGAAGGUCGCCGUCAACAAACUGCUUUCGCUCUACGACGAGAAGAAGAUCAAACCUCUAGUGGAUUCUCUCUGGGCUCUGGAGGAGGUGAAGGAGGCCAUGCAGCGAAUCCACGACAGAGGAAACAUCGGAAAGCUGAUUCUGGACGUGGAAAAGUCUCCCACUCCUUUAAUGGCGAGCGACAGCACAGAGACGAGCGAGGCAGGUGAGGAAGAGGAGGAGCAUGAAGGAGACAGUGAUAAUAAGGAGCGAAUGCCCUUCAUCCAGUAGACCGCAGCGAUGACCCCCAGUGGAAGGAGAGACUGUGACGGAACGAGUCUCCAGUGUUCCCCCACGCUGUAGUGAAAUGUGUGAGUGUAAUGCGUCUGAAAAUAUCCUUCUUGCCAACUGUCCAACUCAAGUGCCAUUCCCAGCAGUGCUGAAGUGUUCCAGUGUUUUCUCACCAUGUGUGCUCUUCUUCUUUACUGCUCUGUGGAUGUUUUGAAUGUAUAUAGUUCUGUUGUAUUAGUGACUGAGGAAAGCAGUGCUCAGUGUCCGCUGUGUCCCUUCAGGUUUCCCACAGCCUGGAGGCCAUAGUGUUGGUUUCUAAGGCAAAGAAAAAAAAUCAGCAAUUUAAGUUAACAGAAAUAAAAUAAAGACUCAGUGUUCCUUCAAAGACAGAUUCGGGGCACCACACGCAUCACACAGCAAGAGCAAAGAAAAUAACUUUCUUCAAUUAAAAUUCACACACAAUUGAUUUGAGAUUUUCACUAAAAGCUGAACAGCAGCAUGAAAGAAAAGCAGUGGAUGUGAAUUUCUGACUUCUGUUGGCUUUGUGAUGCUGCAUGUGUGUGUGAUUACAUGUUGUGUUUACACUCUGGUGCCUGUACCGAGUUGUUGUUGUUUCAAAAAGUAUAUUUUUGCAAGAGUGUAAUGUGUGUAGACAGAACCGUACCAGUAUCUGUAUCUGUACCUGUCCAGAUUGUAUAACUGAACCCUGUUCUGUGCCUGUUUCACAUGUACUGUACCCUGAAAGAACGAAACGA